AUGGCGAAGAAUCGCCUUGCAUUUUCCCAAGUUGUGGGAGCACCUUUGCCUCAAACGCUCGUUUACAUUUACUCGUCCGAUAAUCAUUACUGGAUAGGGGGAACCCUGGAGAGCAUCGUCGCAAGCCAUGAUGGAUACGUCUCUCCCGGUAUUCUCGCUUUCCUCAAUUGGUGGAGGAGCAACGCGUGUUCCUUCCCAAUCUCUCUCUAUCUCGACGGUUUAACCAUAAGACAUGCGGAUCGCCACUUCCGAGAUGGCGAAUUCGAUCGCGGAUACCGGCCACCUGCAGACGCUGUCAAGGUCAGCGAGUUUUGCACUGAGGCCCUGCCCUCGGUCAGACAUCUAGAAUUAGGGAUCAAUCGAGAAGCCCUUCAUGCGCUCUGUUCGUCGGCGACACCAACCACAUUCGAACGGUUGGAAUCUCUCGUCCUCCGUCAGUAUUUCUCUCGAGGGGCCAUGUCCCCGAGAGCGUUCACGCUUACCUUCCCGGCUGCCCCACACUUGCGUCGGCUCCACAUCUCCAACUACCGCUGCACUCUAUCGUUCCGAUGGGAGCAGCUUACCCAUCUUUGGGCAAGCGGUCUUGCCAUCAAUUCAACAUCCCAAGCUUUGUCAGCUCAUAAUCAUCCCCUCUUCCUCCACUUUGACCGGAUCUCCUUCCCCAAUCUCAAGGCCCUCCACCUCAUACGAAACUUCAAGGAGGAAUCCUUCGCGUCACUCUCUCAAUUUUUGACACUCACGCCAGCCUUGACCGAGCUUCACAUCGACGCAGCGAUCUUCCAAUCCACCACCUUUUCGUCCGAAUAUCUCCCAGAGACCUGUCCACUGCAUGCUCUCCUACCAGAUCUUGAGCGACUCGUAUUCGACAAGGUCGUGUGCCACGCGAACCCAGGGCGCGCCUUCAUCCGCCUCGUCGAAUCUGGAUGGACUAAACUCGAACCCAGGAACGGUCGGCUCGGUAGCGUCCACUUCAGACUCGAGCCUGGGCGUGCUGAAACACGGGAAUAUAUUCGGGUAACUCCAGAAGAUAUAGCUUCAAUGAAGGAGAGCGAUGUCGUUCUCGCCAUUGAAGAAUAUCACCGUAGAUGGGGCAAGGGCUAUAAUUAUUAUUUGCAUUAUCCGAUGACCUACAGAGAUGGGACGCUGUUCUAG